AUGGAGUUGGUAGACACGCUGGUUUUAACAGGGUUAAUCCUGAUUUUGCUGUGCCUGCUUCUCCAGAGAGGCCGUAAAAUCUCAUGUUUACCCCCAGGACCCUUCAGCUUUCCCAUUAUAGGAAACCUGCUCCAGCUGGACAUCAGAGCUCCAUAUAAAACACUGAUGAAGCUCAGUGAACGCUAUGGUCCUGUGGUCACUGUGUACCUGGGCCCUCAGCGGGCCGUGGCUCUGAUUGGAUACGAGGCUGUGAAAGACGCUCUGGUGAACCAAGGAGAUGACUUCACUGGACGAGGACCACUUCCUUUCUUUAUGAAAGUUACCAAUGGCUAUGGGUUGGCGAUCAGUAAUGGAGAGCGCUGGAGGCAGUUACGACACUUUACCUUGACGACGCUGAAGGACUUUGGGAUGGGACGAAAAGGGAUGGAACAGUGGAUCCAGGAGGAGAGUAAAUAUCUGGUAGCUCGAAUUCAUGGUACAAAAGCUUCACCUUUUGAUCCCACCUACUUCCUGAGCUGUUCUGUGUCCAAUGUGAUCUGCUGUUUAGUGUUCGGUCAACGCUUCGACUACAACGAUGACCACUUCCUCCAUCUUUUGCAGAUCACCGCGGCAAUACUGGAAUUUACCAGCAGUCCCUCUGGUCUGUUGUAUGAUAUCUUCCCUCAGCUGAUGGAAUGUCUGCCCGGUCGUCACCACAAAUUGUUCACCGGAAUUGAAGAACUGAAAAAGUUCAUUAGGAAAAACAUCCAGGAGCACGAGGAUACACUGGAUAUGAGUUCCCCCAGAGAUUACAUUGACUGCUUCCUCACCCGAGCCAACAUGGAAAAAGACCUUCCCACGACUGAGUUCAACAACGACAACUUGGUUCCGACAGUGUUGAAUCUGUUCGCGGCAGGAACAGACAGCACCAGCUCCACCAUCAAAUUUGCUCUGAGCGUAUUGAGCAAAUAUCCUAAAAUACAAGAGAAAAUGCAGCAGGAAAUCGACACUGUGAUUGGACGAAAUCGUGACCCUUUCAUGCAGGACAGGAAGUCCCUCCCUUUCACAGAUGCCGUCCUUCAUGAAAUUCAGCGUUUUAUGGAUUUUGUUCCGAUGGGAGUCCCUCACUACACACUUCGUGACAUCUUGUUCAGAAGUUACAGGAUCCCUAAGGAUACUCUGAUUUUUCCCAUUUUGCACUCUGUGUUGAAAGAGGAAAAACACUGGGUGAGUCCGUUCUCCUUCAACCCUGAACACUUCCUGGACCACAAUGGGAACUUUAAGAAGAACCCUGCAUUCAUGCCUUUUGCUGCAGGAAAAAGAGCGUGUGUUGGAGAGUCUCUGGCUCGUAUGGCUUUCAUCUUCCUCAUAUCACUUCUGCAGAAUUUCACCUUUUCUAUUCCUGGAGGUCCUGACAGCAUAGACCUCAGCCCUGAACAAAGCAGCUUCGUCAACGUUCCUCGUACAUACAGGGUCAUCGCCACCCCUCGGUAG